AGGAGGUGAGCAAGGCCCCACCGUCACCGGAGGGGAGCGCAGAGCACCAGGGCAGACAGCAUGGCGCACAAGCAGGCAGUGAAUGGACAUGCCACCCCCACAGCUCACCCAGACGACACCCCAGGAGGGAGUCACUUCCAUCAGGACAUGCAGCCUGGCAAGCAGGGACAGAGGGGUGUGAAGCCCCACGGGGUCAGAGAGUCCCGGCCGGAGACCGGGACCAUUGCUGGGGUGUACGUGGAGGCUUCCAAGAAGACAAUGAGUUUUUAUGAUGCCACCAGAGAGCAUUUCCUGAUGUCUGAGCCAGCACUUGCUCUUCUGGAGGCUCAGGCAGCCACAGGCUCCCUCAUUGACCCGGUGCGAAACAAGCGGCUCUGCGUGGCUGAGGCCGUGAGACUGGGGCUGGUGGGCCUGGAGCUGAAAGAAAAGCUGCUGUCUGCAGAGAGAGCAGCAACUGGCUUCAUGGACCCCUACACGGAUGAGAAGAUCUCGCUCUAUCAAGCCAUCCAAAAAGAGCUGCUCGGGCGGGAGCAGGGCGCCCGUCUGCUGGAGGUCCAGAUCGCCACAGGGGGCCUCGUGGAUCCAGCCACCGGCCACCGCGUCCCCAUGGAGGUUACCUACGAGCAGGGACGCUUUGGUGACGAGAUGAGCCAGCUCCUUUCUGACCCCAGCUCUGCUGCUGCCAGAGGGUUUCUUGACCCAAACACCAGCGAGAGGGUCACCUAUCGGGAGCUUAAGAAACGAUGCAUGAUCGAUCCGGCCACAGGGCUCCUCCUCUUGCCUCUGAAAAUCACCUUCCCGGGGCUGAGAGGGAGAGUGAGCAGCAGUGAGUUGCUCAGCUCCAGCAUCAUCGACAUGGAAACGUUCAGGGCCCUCCAGGAAGGCCGGGUCUCCGUCCAGGAGGUAGCAGAGAUGGACCAUGUUCAGCAGUACCUGGAGGGCACGGGAGGCAUUGCAGGUGUUGCCGUACUGCCUAUCGGUGAGAGGAAGAGUCUCUACCAGGCGCUGACAGAGCACCUCCUCAUGCCAGGCACAGCACUGGCCCUCCUGCAGGCCCAGGCUGCCACUGCCUGCCUGACAGAGCCCACCAAGAACCAGAGACUCUCAGUUGAUGAUGCUGUCAAGGCUGGUGUGGUUGGGCCGGAGCUCUAUGAGAAGCUGUCAUCCGCUGAGAGAGCCGUCACUGGGUACCGAGACCCCUGCACUGGGGAGCUGCUCUCUCUGUUUCAAGCCAUGAAUAAGGGGCUCGUUGCCAGGGCCCAGGGGACUUACCUACUGGAGGCCCAGCUGGCCACCGGUGGCCUCAUCGAUCCAGUCCACAAUCACCGUGUCCCAGUGGAGAUGGCCUGCCAACGGGGCUACCUCGAUGAAGAGAUGAAGCGGCUCCUCUUCCAUCCCACCCAUGACAUCAAAGGGUUCUUUGACCCCAACACGAAGGAGACCGUGAUGUACGCAGAGUUAUUGGAGAGGUGCGUCACUGACCCAGACACCGGUCUCCGCCUGCUGCCACUCUUCGGAGAUGAUGGGGAAGGGUCUCGGGGCGUGCAGUCCUUCAUUGACCACAGGACCCGAAUGGCUUUGGAAAAAACAACAGUACCUGUGGCCUGUGGCAAAUUCAAGGGGAAGUCGGUGUCGCUAUGGAAACUCCUCUUCUCAGACUACUUCACAAGUGCACAAAGGGCCACGCUUACCCAGCAGUGCCGCACCGCGACUCUCUCCCUGCAGGAACUGGCUAAGACCGUCAGCACCACCGUUCAGCAAAUGGCUUCCACUGCCAAUAUCACCUUUGAAGGCCUGAGGCACAAGGUGACCCCUAGCCAGCUCCUGAGUGCUGAAAUCAUCAACAGGGAUUUGUUUGAGAAGCUGAGCCAAGGGGAGACAUCCGCCAGAGAAGUUGUCGGCAUGGACACAGUCAGGAAGUACCUGGAAGGGACAGGCAGUAUCAGUGGGCUGCUGCUGCCCGAUUCCCAGGAGAAAAUCAGCAUCUACCAGGCAAAGAGGAAAGGCCUUCUAAUGCCAGGGACGUCCCUCAUCCUCCUCGAGGCACAGGCUGCCACUGGAUUCAUCAUCGACCCAGCUGCAAACAAGAAAUAUUCCGUGGAGGAGGCUCUGCGAGCCAGCGUCAUCGGCCCAGAUAUUUACAACAAGCUGCUGGCAGCACAGAAAGCAGUCACUGGCUACAAAGACCCCUACACCGGCAACAAGAUCUCCCUCUUCCAGGCCAUGAGCAAAGGCCACAUUGUCAGAGACCAUGGCAUCCGCCUGCUGGAGGCCCAGAUCGCCACCGGCGGCAUCAUCGACCCCGUGCACAGCCACCGAAUCCCCGUGGAGGUGGCUUACAAGCGGGGCUACUUCGACAAGAAGAUGAACUUGAUCCUCUCUGACCCCAGCGACGACACCAAGGGCUUCUUCGACCCCAACACGCACGAGAACCUCACGUACUUGCAGCUGAAGGAGAAGUGCAUCACAGAGCCCUCCACCGGACUCUGCCUCCUGCCUCUGAACAGCAAGAAGCGGCAGUUCAUCAAUGACACCACCAAACAAGCCUUCAGGAGCACGUGGCUCCUCGUGAAGUACGGGAGGUUCCGAGGAGAAAGGGUCUCCGUGUGGGACCUGUUGAACUCUGAGUAUUUCAGCGAGGGAAAGCGGCGGGAGAUAUUUAAUCACUACCAGCUGCGGAAGCUCACCCUGGAGCAGAUCAGACUCAUGUUGGAGGAAGAGAUGAAAAAAUGGGCCCACAUCAAAUUCCCAGCCAUGAGAGGCAGCGUCACGGCCUACCACCUGCUAGAAACUGGCAUCAUAGACAAGGCCCUGUUCGAGAGGGUGCUGGAGGGAGCUGUGAGCCCAGAGGACGUCCUGCGCAUGGACUCUGUCCGGAAAUACCUCUAUGGCUCCGGCAGCAUUGGGGGGAUCGUGCUCCAGCCAUCAAACCAGAGAAUGAGCAUCUAUGAAGCCAUGAAGCAGAAGAUUGUGAUGCCAGGGGUGGCUCUCCCACUGCUCGAGGCCCAGGCCGCCACUGGUUUCGUCAUCGACCCAGUGAACAACCAGAAGCUGUGCGUUGAUGAAGCCGUAAGGGAAGGGGUUAUCGGGCCAGAACUCCAUGAGAAACUGCAGCACGCGGAAGGAGCUGUAAUGGGCUAUAAAGACCCUUUCACUGGGGAAAAGAUCUCCCUCUUCCAAGCCAUGAAGAAGGGCCUCAUCGCCGACAAACAGGCUGUUCAGCUCAUGGAAGCCCAAAUUGCCACAGGAGGCAUCAUUGACCCCCACCGCGGCCACUAUGUCCCUGUGGAAUUUGCCCAGAAACAAGGCUACUUGGAUGAGGACAUGAGCAAAACUCUCUCUAGUGCCUCUGAUAAUACCAGGGUCUACUGUGUCCCCAACAGCAAGGAGCCUAUGACCUACGCUCAGCUCAUCACGCGCUGCCAGAAGGACAAAAACUCUGGUCUCCACUUGCUGCCUUUGCCACAGACAGCUGUGCCUGUCCGCACGGAUGAACAGAUCCAGCAGCUAUUCAAGGAGACCAUGGUGAAGGAGAAAGGGGUCUCCCUCUGGGAGCUGAUCCACUCUGGCUACUUCACUGAGGAGCAGAGAAAUGACUUUGUGGAGAAGUACCGGUCUGAGGACGUGUCUGUCUGGCAGCUGGUCACUCUUGUCCUGAAGCUUGUUGAGGAAAUAGAGAUGAAAGCCCAUACCCACAUCACCUUCGAAGGCCUGAGGGGCAGUGUGCCUGCCGUCUGGCUGCUCGAUGCUGGCAUCAUUACCGAGAAGAUGUUCGAGGAUCUGGCUCAGGGAACACAAACGGCCAGAGAAAUAGCCGAGAUGGAGAGCGUGAAGAGAUACUUACAGGGCACGGGGAGCAUUGCUGGGAUUUUUAUACAGGCCUCCAAGAAGAGGAUGAGCAUUUACCAAGCAAUGAAAAACAAUCUCCUCCUGCCAGGGACAGGGGUGUUGUUGCUAGAGGCUCAAGCAGCUACAGGAGCUGUUAUAGAUCCAGUAACAAACCAGAAACUUGGUGUGGAGGAGGCCGUCAAAGCAGCCAUUGUCGGUGAGGAACUCAUGGAGAAGCUGCUUCUAGCAGAGAGAGCAGUGACCGGUUACACAGACCCAUACACGGGGAACUCAAUCUCAGUCUGUCAAGCAAUCAGGAAAGGCCUUAUUCCCAUGAGCGAUGGUGUUCCCUUAAUAGAGGCCCAGCUGGCUACAGGAGGGGUCAUCGAUCCCAUCCACCAUCAUCAUCUUCCUCUUCCUGCAGCCUACAUGCACGGCUUUUAUGAUGAAGAAAUGAACCAGGCCCUAUCCCAGCCCACUGACAACACCAAAGUCUUCUUUGAUCCAAACACAAAGGAAAACUUGACCUACCAGCAGCUGAAAGACAGGUGUGUCCCUGAUGCUGAAACAGGCCUCUGGCUAUUACCUCUGUCUGAAACUGCAGCAUUCUAUGUGGACAAACAAACCAUGGAGGUGCUGAAAUCUGUGACAGUCUGUGUAGCAGUAGGACGGUUCAAAGGGCAGACAGUUUCCCUCUGGGACCUUCUCAACUCCGAGUACAUCACAGACUGCAAGCAGAGAGAGCUGGUGGGAUUAUACAAAGAGGAGAAUGCUGUGGCCCUGCAAGAAAUCACCACCAGCGUUAACACAAUCAUUGAAGAAACUGAGAAGCAAGGCAAGAGGUUCACGUUCAAGGGCCUGCGGAAGCAGGUGUCUGCCAGUGACCUCUUCCAGUCUCAGCUGAUAGACAAGAAAACCCUGGAUGAACUCAAGCAGGGACAGAAAACUGUCAAAGAAGUCACAGAGAUGGACUCCGUCCGGAGAUACCUGGAGGGGGGUAACUUCAUAGCUGGAGUGUUAGUACAGCCAGCCAAGGAGAAGAUGAGCAUCUACCAGGCUAUGACGAGAGGAAUGCUGAGGCCGGGCACCGCGCUGGUGUUGCUGGAGGCGCAGGCUGCUACCGGGUUCAUUAUUGACCCGGUGAAGAACAAGAGGCUGUCAGUGGAGGAGGCACUCGCUGCUGGGCUCAUUGGACAACAGGUCUAUGAGAAGCUGCUGUCUGCAGAGAGAGCGGUGACCGGCUACACUGACCCCUUCACAAAAGGCCAAAUCUCCCUCUUCGAAGCCAUGAACCAGGGGCUUAUCCUCAAGAGCCACGGCGUCCGCCUGCUGGAGGCCCAGAUCGCCACCGGCGGCAUCAUCGACCCCGUGCACAGUCACCGCCUCCCCGUGGAGGUGGCGUACAAGCGGGGCUACUUCGACGAAGAGAUGAACCGCAUCCUCUCUGACCCCAGCGACGACACCAAGGGCUUCUUCGACCCCAACACUCACGAGAACCUCACCUACCUACAACUCCUGGAGAGAUGUGUCCAAGACCCUGAGACUGGGCUGUACAUGCUCCAAAUAGUAAAGCAUGGGGGGACAUACUUCUAUAUCGAUGAGUCAAUGAAACACUUUUUACGCUCAAAACCCAUUAAAAUGCAAGUUGGGAAGUUCAAAGGCCAAACAGUGUCCCUCUGGGACCUGCUCUGCUCUCAGUACAUCUCAGAACAGAAAAGAAAAGAACUAGUGAAGCAAUAUAAAUGUGAAACCCUCACAAUAGAACAGCUCAUCACAGUCAUCACCACCAUCAUUGAGGAAAUGGAACUCAGAACCCAAGCCCUCAAGGUUAAAGGCCUCAGAGGACAUGUAUCUGUGUCAGAGUUAUUCAACGCUGAGAUAAUUGACAAGACAACACUGGACAAUCUGCAAAAAGGAACUCUCACAGUCCAUAAACUCACACAAAUGGACUCUGUCAAGAGGUAUCUGGAAGGAACUGGCUGCAUUGUUGGAGUUCUGCUGCCAGCCAAGAAAGAGAAGAUGAGCAUCUACCAGGCCCUAGAGAGAGGUCUCCUAACACCAGAAUCAGCGCUGGUGCUGCUGGAGGCGCAGGCUGCCAGCGGCUUUAUCACCGACCCGCUGAAGAACGAGAAGCUGUCCGUCGAUGAAGCCGUCUCCGCCGGCCUGGUGGGCAGUGAGAUUCACGAGAAGCUGCUCUCCUCCUCAGCAGAUGCUGUCCCAGACCCGGACACGGGGCUCCUGAUGCUUCAGCUGAUGCACAAAGGCUCCGUGCUCUUCCAGCUAGAUGAAAAAACACGAACCUGCUUACAGUCUGCCCCUGCCACCGUCAGCGUGGGACUCUUCCAGGGGCAGAAGGUGACCGUGUGUGAGCUUCUCUUCUCAAAAUUCGUCCUUGAACAGAAAAGGCAGGAGCUUCUGAAGAAGUACAAAGCGGGGACGCUAACCAUGCAGAAAAUGACACCCAUCAUCCCCGCCCUCAUCACCGAGGCAGAGCAAAAGAGCAGCCGAGAGCCCAGGCCCGUGAAAAGUCCGAGCACGCAACGGGCAACGUCACAGAAGGCCGGGGCUGCCCAUUCGCAGAGAGAUGAAAAACGGGAAAAGGCCUUAAAGACUACGACAGUCGACGGGCCGGGGGGCGAGUUCCAAGGGCGAAAGGUCUCUGUGUGGGAUCUGCUCUUCUCCAAAUACGUCCUUGAAGAGAAAAGACAAGAGCUUCUGAAGAAGUACAAAGCAGGGACGCUAACCAUUCAAGAAAUGAUAACCGUCCUCACCACCAUCAUCACCGAGACAGAGAAAAAGAGCGGCAAACAGCCCAGCGGGGUGGAAGGCCCCUGCCGAGAGGAGAGAACAUCCGGGAGAGCUGCCAGCGCCCCUUCUCCACAGGACCAACAAGCGGAAAAGACUCUCCGGCUCGCGACCGUCGACGUAUCGGUCGGCGAGUUCCAAGGGCGAAAGGUCUCCGUGUGGGAACUUCUCUUCUCCAAAUACCUCUCGGAAGAGAAAAGGCAGGAGCUCCUGGAGAAGUACAGAGCGGGGACCGUGACUCUGGAGGAGCUGGUCAGAAUCCUCACCACCAUCGUUGAGCAGACAGAAGAGAGAAGCAGCAAAGUGAAGUUCUCAGGCCUCAGGAGGCAGGUGACUGCCUCAGAGCUGUUCAGCUCUGACAUUAUUGACCAGGACACGCUGACUGAACUCACCCAGGGCACCAAGACGGUGCAGGAGAUCACGGAAAUGGAUUCCGUAAAGAGAUACCUGGAAGGAACUAGCUGCAUUGCCGGAGUCCUGGUGCCGUCCAACACGGACCCGUCCAAGACAGAGAAGAUGAGCAUCUACCAGGCCAUGGGGAAGGGCAUUCUGAGGCCGGGCACCGCGCUGGUGCUGCUGGAGGCGCAGGCUGCCAGCGGCUUUAUCACCGACCCGCUGAAGAACGAGAAGCUGUCCGUCGAUGAAGCCGUCUCCGCCGGCCUGGUGGGCAGUGAGAUUCACGAGAAGCUGCUCUCUGCAGAGAGAGCAGUGACCGGCUACACUGACCCCUACACGGGCAACAAGAUCUCCCUCUUCCAGGCCAUGAAGAAAGCCCUGAUAGUCAAAGACCACGGCAUCCGCCUGCUGGAGGCCCAGAUCGCCACCGGCGGCAUCAUCGACCCCGUGCACAGUCACCGCCUCCCCGUGGAGGUGGCGGACAAGCGGGGCUACUUCGACGAAGAGAUGAACCGCAUCCUC